CUUAGAAGGCGUAUGAUAGACAAAAACAAUAAUAUGAUACCUGAUGUGUGGCUAACUUAAUCCGACUGAGUCACGAAAAAAAAAUUAUUAUAAAUACUCAUUUUUCACCUGGCAACAACUUUGUCCUCAACAUCCUACCUCCCAUCAUCAUCAUCAUCACCAUCAACUUCACUACCACCACUACCACCACUACCACCAUCACAAGGAUCAAACGGGGCGAAGGCCAAAUCUAGAUCCGAACCAAAACCGAAGUUAGUUUUUAUCUAAAGGAAAAAAAAAGAAAUGCUUCAAAGACCAGUUGCGGGCGCCCUCCUCCGCUCUUCAAGCACCCUCUUUGGCAAGACAGCUGCCCACCAGACUCAGACCCGUCUUCAUAACGAACGCCCAACGCUACACACAACGGAGAAGAAGCACGGGCUAGAUGUCCAACCCGAGCAAUCGCAACGCGGCAUGAUGGAGAAGGAGGGUUCCGUCUUCACCGAAGCACGCGGUCAGAAGGAGGAGCCCGAGAAGGAGUUCAAGAAUGCUCCCGGCCCAGUCCUUGGGUCGCAAGAGGAGUGGGGCGGUAGUAUGCCAUUCGUUUACCCCCCCACGUGGAACAGCUUUGGCGCAUUCGUAGGGGCAUAGGUUAGCGGUUGAUGAUACCUCGGGGGGCUUUUUUGUCUUUUUUGCUUGCUCUCUUUUUCUUUUUUUUACAGAGGGUCAACGAACUUGGGAGCUUAUAGAGAAAAGCAUGAUAUGUUGUACAGGUUUACUCUUUUUCUUCUUCCUUUCUUUCAAUGUAUCCUUUGUUACGCUGUACCUGUACUUGGGAUGGGGUUUUAUCAUUAUCAUUAUCAUUAGGUGUCACAUA